GACGCUCUCUACAAAUCGUGACGGCUCGCCCUCCCCCGGCUUUCGCUCCACUCUCGUUCAACAGGACCCCCAGUUUCUCGAUCUGACACUUCUCGAGUCCCAUCCUGUCGUCCUCCUCAACACCUAGACCCUUUGGACCCUCUCGACUAGGAGAGUCUGGUGACGGCUUCUUUCUCUUUCAUCGGUUUCCCUUGGUAUCUUUAUUCGCUGUUUUGUGGUUGCAGCCGUUCUUUUGCUUGAUCGGCACCCAUCCGUCCAGCAGCUUGCCAAAGACUCUUGGCCCAACGCCGCAAUCACGAUGGCGCCUAGAUCUCUGCCUGAUAAGCAGAACCCUUACCUCAUUGAGGAUGUUCCUGACUACGCGGAUCUCCUUGGUCGCCGGGCCCUAGGCCAGACCAAACUGAACGCGCGACAUGUCGAUUCCGGCUCACCUAAACCGAGUGUCUUCGACUAUGCACACCUUCGUGCGCCGCUGCCCAAGGGAAUAAUGUCGGGGAUUUUCAGCAAGGGCAGUCCCAGCAGCUACUUUCUCAUGCGCCGCAGUUCUGAUGGCUUCGUCUCGGCGACGGGAAUGUUCAAGGCUACGUUCCCAUAUGCUAGAGCCGAAGAGGAGGAGGCCGAGCGCCAGUACGUGAAGUCACUUUCGACGACGAGCCCCGAAGAGACGGCCGGCAAUGUGUGGAUCUCGCCGGACCAGGCAAUGGUCCUCGCCAGCGAGUAUGGCAUUCAGCCAUGGAUCGCCGCGCUUCUAGAUCCCACCGACAUCCUAGUCGCGGGCUCCCAGUCCACGCAAACCCCGGCAACCAACAAGAUUAUUGCGGAGCCACCCAAAUACUUCCAAAGCGGCCUCGUUUCUCCACCUACGCCGACAUCGCUUCCGCGAACCCUACGCUCCCGUCGUUCGGCAAGCCCAUCAAAGUUGCCGACGACCAGGCGCGCACAGGCGAGCCCUCGAAAGCGGGCGACCAAGGCGGCCACACUACACUAUCCAUCCUCCGAGGAAAGCAGCGCCAAGGCCUCGGUCUCGCCGUCACUAUCGAAUGCUCCGCUCGGUGCCGUUCCGGUGCUUCCGGUCCCGGUUCCAGCCCUUAAGCCGGUCGCCGAAGACACCAUCGUGGAAUCCCUAGAGCAUGACCACCCGGACCAUGAUACUCCCCAGGAGAGCAUUGAGCAGGACGGCGCAGCGGUGCUUGAGACUGCUGAGGAGCCCAAGGUCAAGAUCAUAGUUGACCAGGACAUUAAAAUUGAUGCAGACGGUGUGGAAACGCGGCACACCAACUUCGAGGUUGAGCUACCAGUAGCCGGCCAGCCGCCUUCAGCCGAGGAGACGGCACGCAUGCUGGCUGAAGCAAAAGAAAUGGUCAGGGCGGCUGCCGAAAGCAUGACGGAAACGACCGGCCCCAGCCAGCUUGAGCCCACCAAGGACAAGCGCAAAAUCGAGGACAUUUCUGUGGGCGAGCAGGAAGAAAGUGCGCAAGAUGCUGUUCCGGGUGAAGUCUCGGAGGCUCCCAGGGCAAAGAAGACCAAGACGGCGGCUGAGGAGAAGCGGGACCGGGUGCGGAAGCGGGCUCUUUUCGGAUUUGGCGCCACUCUGGCAGUCGGAGCUGCUAGCGCAUUGGCACCGUACGUGUUCGGCCUGCUGUGAUGUGUAUCUCUCGAGGUCGGAACACGCAUGGGCGCAGGGGCAUCCUUGGGUACGGACAGGUGGGAUCGAAAAGGCGAGAGCGGCGGCACAGAGGCUUUGGGAGGUCGGCUGUGAUGAUUUUCCUUGAUUUUUUUGGGCCAUUUAUUCCAUUUGUAUAAGUUUAUUUGCACAUACCCCCUCUAUCUUUCCUUUCCUUCUUGGCCGCUGAAUGGCUGGCGUUUGAUCGGGCUCGUGCCCUCGGCAGUCUUUCUUUGGCACAAGCCCUCACGGAGGCGCAUUUUAUUUAGGAGCACCCGGGGUUGUAAGACAUUUAGGCACCACCUGUACUUUGAUAUAAUAUUCCAUCCUUUUACUCUCG